AUGAAACCGGACGAGAGCGACGUCCGACCUGCUCUCCCUCGCUAUCCUAAAGAAAGUGUCACACCCAUCUUCCAAAAAGUCGGAGAUAAGGCCUCGAAGAUCGUCACUCUCCUGACAGUGGCAGAUAUGGUGGGGGGAGUAAUCGAAUGCAUAUUCAUACACGCGGAUGGCGGAUUGGUCGCUAAGAAAAUGUGGGUCGGAAACAUCAUGGACGUCCCCCCAUAUCCGUUGCACCUUGCCGCGCAACAUACCGCACACCAGAGAGAGGCGGCGGUGAGGCUCGGAUUGGUCGACCUGUCGAAUUAUGGUGGCAGCGAAAAUGAAUCGGCCGGCAGACCGUCCUGA